CAAAUUAAACUGGUUUUUAUUCCCUGGCGCCAAGCUUCGAUCGGAGAGCUCUACUCUUCGCAAAAAGCACUCAACGGCGCGUCGCGAGCGGACGUUUCCGAACACCGGUUUUGGCGCGAGUUUCGAACGUCAGAUGUUCCAUUUUCAAAAAUGAUUCGCGCGUUUUUCUUUCUUUUCUUAACGGCUUCGGCCAGUGCUGUACUAACAACUUUUAAAAUCGACGAGGAAUGUUUGAACUUCACAGUGUACCCAGUGCAAUACGAAUUGACGAUUAUACCGAGAAUAUAUACGACUCAGUCUUUUAAUUAUAAUUGUGAGUUAGUUAUAACUGUUAUAGCUAAUGCUCCACAUGUGAGGAUGAUAGAAUUGGAUGCUAAAGAUUUGGGUAUAGAGUCAGUGAACGUUUAUAAGGAUGGUAACGAUAUAAUUAGUAGGAAUACCCCGUUUAAUCAUGAUACAGAGAGGGGUAAAUUGUUCAUUUACCUGAGUGAACCGUUGAGGGAGUACAAAGUGUAUAACACUCGUUACCAGAUCAAGAUUAAGUUUAGGAAGAAUGUGUUUUACGAUUCUUCGGGAAUAUUUGCUGUUAAAUAUGACGACGAAAUGGAAGGAAUCAAGUACAUGCUUCUAACGCGUCUGUCACGUGGCCAUGCGAAGUACUUCUUCCCUUGCUUCAGCAACGAGCGUUUUGAAGCGGUAUUCAAGUUCCGAGUCAACACGCUGACGGGGGCUCAUGGCAUGCAGUACACCAACUCCAGCCUGGUUAUAGCUCAGGAACAGAGGACAAAGACGGACAAAGAUGGCUACAUAUUCAUCGAGUAUCUCCCGUCACCUCAAGUAUCCUUAAAUGAAGUCGGUUUCGUCUACUCUCAAUUCUCCAACUCCUCCAUCAGAUCUAGAAACUCCAAUGACACCAUCGUUAUCUGGGCGCCUGGUCCUUUUCUCGUGCAAUACAAUUAUAUCCUCAAGUUUGGACAGUCCAUUCUGGAGUUUAUUCACGACUACGCUGGUAUUAAUAGGAAUAUCACCACUGGACCGAUCAAUGUGGUGCCUGUCCCUUCGAAUAAUUUGGAUGGAUAUGAAAUUGGCAGUUGGAAUCUUUGGACUAAUGGCGAUUUCAGAUUAAAAUACCAACCAGAACUCAUCAGCAUCCGUCAGAUCGAGAAGAUGACGUUCGACUUCACCCAGCAGCUCUGUCGGGUGUGGCUCGGUAACCCGGGGGAAGAGCGGCGGACAAGUUGGAGGGAAGAGUGGUUUAAGGAGGGCAUGGCGACGUACUUCGCGUAUUACUUCUUAGGAAAGUACCACCAAACGGGAGAGCGCCAAUCAGGCUGGCCCUACGGUUUCUACGGACUCGAAUCAAGACAUAACGCCAUGAGUGUAGACUGGUACCACAGUACCCCAGCGCUCAUCAACUUCAACAGAACACUAGCUGUCGACAUUCCCAACAGACAUAAGGAAUUGGUGACUAUGAAGACGGCUGCUUUGCUAUGGAUGGUAGAGAAUUGGAUUGGUCCCGAGAAGUUCCAUCCGGCGCUGGUGAAAUAUAUUAACAUGAGGAGAGGAUCCUUCAUCAACUUAGAAGACUUCAUGAUCAACCUAGAUAAGGAGACCGUGGAGUGUUUCCACCAGUUCUCCAACGGUACCACCUCUUCCAUGGUACUCAACUCCUGGUUCUGGUAUCCUGGGUACCCGGUCAUCAAUGUUCAUGUGUACAGGGAUAGGUUGCCUAAUGUCAUCACUUUGAAACAGCGAACGUUCUCCUUCACCAAAGACUUCCGCUACGACUCUAAGUACCUGAUCCCCAUCUCCUACGUGGCGCAGUACCAGGAGAACUGCUUCAACUGCCAUCAGCCCCGGUUCAUCAUCAGCACACCCGUCUACACGUUUGGAGAGAACUUGGAUGGAGGAUGGAUUCUUCUCAAUCGACAUGCUUCUGGGUAUUAUCGAGUGAACUACGACGUGGAGACGUGGAAGCUCAUCGCCAAAACGCUGCGAAACGAACAUAAUGCCAUUCACCAGCUGAAUCGGGCUCAGAUCGUCAACGACGCCUUCGCUCUCUACACGUCCGGAGACCUAAGCUACGUGCUCGCGACACACAUAUUAGGCUACUUGGAGAAGGAACAAAGCUACGUGGUAUGGGAGUCGGUGAUUUCUGGCUUCGAGCUGCUGAAGACGAAGGAUGCUGCUUGCAACUUUACUAGAGCUCUUUAUGAGGAGUGGAGGCAAUUCAUGCGUAAGCACGUGGCAGCGAUCUACGCGCGCCUGAUCCAAGACUUGGAGCAGCAGCCAAAGACUCGGCUCUUCCGCAGCAACAUCAUCAAUUUCGCGUGCGCCUUGCAGCACGAGUCGUGCGUUAAUCGCGUUCUGAACCUGUACUAUCAGACGAAAGGCAGACGACACAGACUAGACCCUGACUCCCGUCAAGCCUGCUACUACGCAGUUCUGCGUGAGAGCGGGGAUGUGGCUUACCAGCUCAGAACUGACAAUCUGACUAGUUUCGAGAACGAAGAUAGAACUGUUGCAAGACAUUUGGCAGAAAAUGAACAGCGUCUUAUAUAUAGACUGCCUCCUGGAAUAAAACCUAUAGCGAAUCUCGUACUCAACAUCACAUCUACCUUACCAACAUCAAACCCUACAGCCCAGGCAUUGGACAAAGACAACCCGGACUCAAGUACAUCAGUUCACACUUCAAUAGUAUGCUUGAUAUUAACUUAUCUAGUAACUACUCUAUUUUAAUUAUUAAGUGUUAAGGU